UCGUAUGGAGCAGCGAUUGCUGCAAGUAAUGCUAAUAGUGUAGAAUUUCAACGGGGAAAUAUCUUUAUUUUGACAACUGAAGGAGUGAUGGUUUCCUUGGAUUAUCUAAGACUAACAACAUUAUUGGGAGUCAAUGCCACAUGGGUUAAAAACAACUACAACUCACUUGAUGCAGAAUUGGAAAAGCUUUGCAAAUUUUAUGACUCUCCGGAUCUUAUAACAAUGGGAAAAACAUCUAUGGACGGAAAAAGAAGUGAUCAUAAAUGGUAUCACUGCCUCAUGAAAUGUCAAGUCUCUAUUCCAACUGAAAACCAAAUUCAACCCAUUUAUUUGGGAAUAAACCGAUCUGAAAGACUGAUCUUCUUUUUCGUAAGCAACUACAUCAUUCAAUUCGAUGCGAAAGAUGAUCAAAGAGUUUGUUCAAGUGGCUCGAAAUUGUUACACGUGAAUAAUGCUAUGCUAAGAGGGAGAACGCUUUUAUUGCAAACUCUUGCGGCUAAACCACUUCGUUUUUUCCCGAAAAUUGACAAUGUAUCUACGCUAGUAAUUGCUGUAGUAGAUGGAUCUGAUGUAGAAAUACACAGCGAGGACUGGCUUCGUUAUCCAAACAUAUUUCUUACAAGUAUCGGUACAUCUGGUGCUCAAAUUGCACAGAUAAGAGUCAUCCCUCCAUAUCAUUGUUUGUACCAGUACGAUGAAAUGGACAAUACCACGGUUAUCAGAGAUCCUAUAUCUGACAGAGUUAUCGUAAUGGAAGAUUAUACUAUGCAAUAUGACAAAAUGGAAGAUGAUUAUCUACCAAAUGGAAAUGAAGCAGUCCUUCGGGUCAAUAUGUGUAACGAAACACGAGUUUUUGUGACAACUCAGGAAAGAUUUGAAUCUUUAGCAUCUAACCUGGCAUAUCCGGACACAUCGCCGUUUUUAACCAUUCUUCUAUUGGGGACCUUAAUAACAAGCCUUGUUGGAUUGUUCUGUGCUGUAAUUUGUGCGCGAACGAGACGUAGAAAACGAGUAAGAGCCAGACAGAGGGUUCCAAUUCAAGAUGACGACCAAAAUCAGAGUGGACCACACGAGGAGACCCCACUUUGAGAAAUCGUCGUUUGAGGACAUAUAACUCAUUUAAGUCUUCUAUUAUACAAAUC